AUGACCACAUUCUUCACAGACCAACACGUUCCCGGCACCAAUCUGACAGGACAAUGGACCGUUAUCUCCGGAUCUUACAAAGGAGUUGGCCUUGAAGCAGCCAAAUACUUCGCAUCAUGGGGCGCAAACAUAAUCCUCGCCUGCUGCGAACCACCCGCAUGGGAACUACACCCAACAGCCGCUGUGGACGAAUGCAACGCCCUCACCGCGGCGAACGGGCAUUCGUCCACUAUCGAAUGGUGGCAGAUUAACCUGGCGGAUCUCAGCAGCGUCGAGGCUUUCUGUCAAAGAUGGCUUCAAGGCGACCGCCCUUUGGACAUCCUGUGUUAA